AUGGAUAGUGGAAGCUGUUCCGCGCAAUCGCGCUGCAAUGCCAGCAACGGACACGGUAGCGGCGGCAGCACGUAUGCUGUGGCCGCAUUCAUCACAGCGGUUGUGCUGACGGGCGCUUUGCUGCCUUCUAUCUGGCGCCUCGCCGGCUCGACGCUGGGCUGGUACCUGCGAAAGCGCACCGAGAGCCAGCGGCAGUUUUUGUUGGAGACGAUGGCCGCCGAUGAGAAGCGUUUCCAAGAGGCGAAAACGCAGCAGCAGCAGCGGCAGCAGACGACCAAGAAAAACGACAGCAGCGACGAUGACUGGGAGAACGUUGAGGCGGAAAAGGCCGCGUCAGCUGGUAACGGAGAGAAGGGCGCGUCCGACUGGGACGGCAUCGUCGGCUUCUUCCACCCAUUCUGUAACGCCGGUGGCGGCGGUGAACGCGUGUUAUGGGCUGCCAUUCGCGCUACACAACAACGCUGGCCAAAGGCCAAGUGUGUCGUCUAUACCGGCGACCAUGACGUGCACAAAGAUGCCAUCUUGGCGCGUGUGCGGGACCGCUUCAACAUCCACCUCCACCCGCCGACCGUCGCGUUCCUCUACCUCUCCACGCGCCGCUGGGUUCUCGCAUCGACCUGGCCACAUUUUACGCUGGCUGGUCAGUCUUUUGGCUCCAUCAUUAUGGCCUGGGAUGCUCUGUCACUGCUCGUUCCCGACAUCUUUGUCGACACUAUGGGCUAUGCCUUUGCGCUUGGUUUCUCCAAGCUGCUGUUCCGUACCAUCCCGACCGGUGCCUACGUCCACUACCCCACCAUCUCGACCGAUAUGCUGGCCUCGCUGGACCCGCAGUCGACCGUGGGCAGCCAGGGUGUGAAUGCUGGCCAGGGCGUGGGUAUGCGUGGCCGUGUCAAGCGCGCCUACUGGAAGGCGUUUGCGUGGCUGUAUGCAUCGGUGGGCUCGUCCAUUGAUGUCGUCAUGACCAACUCGAGCUGGACACAGGGGCACGUUCAGGCCAUCUGGGGCCCCCUGCGUGCCAAGAAGGGCAAAUCCUCGUCCUCCCAAACGACCGGCGGCUCCGAUAUUGCCGUCGUCUACCCGCCAGUCGCCGUCAGCGAGCUCGAGCACGAGGUCGAUGUGUCCGCCGCGAGUGAAGCGACCCGCGAAAAGGUUCUGUUGUAUAUUGCGCAGUUCCGCCCGGAGAAGAACCACCACCUGGUCCUGCAGGCCUUUGCUGCCUUUUUGAAGAAGCAGCGGCGGCAGCAGCAGAACCGAACAACGAAAUCUGGCGCCAAACCUGCAGACACUCCCAAGCUCGUCCUCGUCGGCAGCGUCCGCGACGACUCCGAUUCCAAGCGCGUCUAUCAGUUGCGCCUGCUGACCAACGAGCUCAAUAUCCGUGACGAUGUCGAGUUCCAGCUGGAUGCACCCUGGCCUGCGAUCCUCGAGUGGCUGCGCCGCGCGUCCGUCGGCGUCAACUGUAUGUGGAAUGAACAUUUCGGCAUCGGUGUUGUUGAGUACCAGGCAGCGGGCCUGAUUUCCGUCGUCCAUAACAGCGGCGGCCCCAAGUUGGACAUUGUAACCGACAUUGGCGGGCUACCCACGGGCUUCCACGCUACCACGGCCGACGAGUUCGCCGCUGGAUUUGAACAGGCCCUUGCCCUGCCCGACCCGCUGGCCUGGCGUGAACGGGCGCGGCAGUCGGCCAAACGCUUUACCGAGGAGGAGUUUGAGCGGAAAUGGCUUGAGCAGAUGGACAAGCUGGUGGCCCUGCUCAAGUAG